AUGGGGAAAGAAACGCCUCAGCCCUACAAGGCUGAUGACCACAGAGUUGCGUUAGAAGCUAGCAAUAGUGCUUCUUCGCAAUCUACUGCUUUUAUCAAUCAUACGGACCAAGAAUACCCCGAGGAAGAUCUGCCAAGCUACGAGGAAAGAUCUGGAUCGGCACCUCUGCUUUCCCAUGCUGAUCAUUAUUCACCUUCCAGCGAUCCUCAACCUGCCCAUGGCGCAAGUUGGUAUAUCCCUCCACCCGACCUUCCUUUUUCUUCACACGACUAUAGCUCAUCUGAUUUCUGGACGAGAUUCCCAAACUACUCUACAGAUUCCCAUGCUCUUCAUCAAAUGAUACUCGAACAAGCUCAAUAUGCUCCAUCAUAUUAUGUAGAAUUAUUAGGGACUCACAAAGAAACCGAGCGUCGGCACAAGAAAGAUUCAUCAGAAACUAUUACGGAUUUUCACAUACGUCUGAAUUUAACACAUCUGCUCACAACCGGAAUAAGAACUGGUGGAAAGCUAGAGAUUUUGCCUGAUAACCAGAAAGGAUUUCGUGGAGGAAUAAUCAAAUCCUUCGAGCCGUCCCUUUCUAGCUCUGAUAUAGAGUCAGGCUCAACUGGUGAUGAAUUACAGGCUUGGUGUCAUAAAUUUGUUUCUGACCCAUCUAGCAUGAAAUGUUUUAUAUUCGAGCGCAAGAUUAUAAAUCAUGAUAAAAUUCAUCUGGAGUAUCUUUUGCGACGUAUUGUUACAUCUACGAAUUACCGUGGUCAAGUCUAUGUAAAUUUUCCAACUUCACACAAACGGGUAAUUGUGUAUUCGCCACAUAUGAUUAACGAAUGGCGAAUGACCACCUGGAUUCGUUGGUUUUUCUAUCUUACAUGCUUAUGGGUAGUUUCGUGGCCGGUCCUCGUUUUAAUUACUCGUCGCUACGAGAUUGUCAAGGGCAUAUAUCAAUAUGCCGAUAGACCUGCGGGUGUAGGUGUCUCGGCACGAAAAGCUACUGUGCAAAGCGAAGAUGAGUUUGUCAAUCAUUGGGAGGCCGCAUUGAGGUCUGCAAUAAUGGGACGGAUGGUCAAAAGAGAUUGUUGCCUAGAUGAAGAUUUUAGGGUACAGGUAUUGCAAGAGGAGGUUGCAAGAGGUCAAGCGGCUGCUCGUGUUCUACAGGGUACUGGCAACACUUUUGCGGAUGGCGCUGUUGGGAUUAUUUCAGCUGCGACGAAUUUGGUUGGCGAGUAUAAUGAUGCAAGAGGUUGGGGUUAUGAUUCUUAA